UAAAUUGUUAACGGCGCGGAGGGAGUCUUUAAAAAAAAACAAAUUUAACCUUCAACAAACUAGAAAACAUGGCAUUACGAAAAUAUAUUACGUUGCAAUCGUCCUAGAUCUCCGUACAUCUAACAUAAAACUUGUCUACAUAAGGCCUAGCGAUGAAUAUUUAAACCACGCCGGCCGUUAUGUUAUUCUUGAGGUGUCAAGUGGCGCCGCCGGCGGCCCUUUGCGCAUAUUUACUGAGCUGAAUAUGUUUAUCUCAUCUCCGGUGUAUCAGUACCGUUUAGUUUUACUCUGAUUUUAUUUGAAUUGGUAAAUUGUAAGGUUUGGCCGAUGCAGCUGCUUCUAACUGCAAAGAAAAAUAUGAAAGUCGUUGAGAAGAAGGAGAAAGAAAGCAUUUAGCAAGAAGUGAAAAAUCGGCUUCUGUGCUUAGUAAUUUAAUACUUGUGUCGCGAUGGUUUUACAAUCAUUAAAGUCACACGCAAAACCAUCUAGACUCAGGACAAGCAUUCCUAGAUCACACAAAUGCUUGUAUAUACUCGGGGAUGGUGACUUCAACCAUCCGUGAAGUCAACUUCGAGAUUCCUACCUGCGCACAUCACGGGCUAUGGAUGGAAUUAUAUGAAAGAGGAGAGGGCCACGUCUAUUUAAAAUUUGAUUGGCGACACGUGAAGGUACCGUCACAUUGUAGGUUUAUCCGACUUCAUUUGAAAAAAGAUAUAGACAAACUACAAAAACUAUAGAGUUGUCGACAACCCUAAAUAUUGAAAUGUAAUUAGGUGCCUAAUUGAAUAACGGUGGGCAGUUUGUUUUUAUAUUCAUUGAACAGUAGUUUUUCUAACAUUUUACGUCCUGUCUCAUUUUAUGAUCACUUUCUAAUCAGCGUUUAUAUUGACAAGUCUAUUUAAUUAAUUAAAUAUUUUUUAUUAAGUUUCAAAGAAAGGAUUAGCUAGCUGCGACAUUGCAACAGUAAUCGUAUAUUUUACUCGACAGAAAAAAAAUAGGAAACUUAAAUCGUCCUAUUUUACCGCUGGCAAAAUGGGAGAACAGACAGAUAGAGUUGUUUCGUGUAUAAUUUGAGGUUCCGAUGGAUUUGCUAUAUUUAGGAGCUGAUCACCAUUUGAAAGCUAGUUUACGCUAAAUGAAAAAGAAAUAUCAUAAUCUGUUCAUUCAGUUUGAAGUAAAAACAUACAGCUUAAUUGAGAGCCUCGUUUUUUUUUAGUCGUUUGAAAAGUCUUGAAGACGCAGAAGUUUGGUUUUCAGUAGUUUCUACACUGCAUGUCCGACGCAUAGGAAAAAAGAUUUAGGAUAUUUUACGCCUAAUGUACCAAACUUGAAACAAAUAAUUUUAUUCUCAUGUAGACAUUUUUUACUCUUAGGCCCGGUUUCACCAACAUCGAAUUAACACGAGAGUAGCUACCCCAAUAUAAAUUUAUUCUAACCAUUUACCCCUUGGUUAACUUCAAUUUCAUUUCACCAAGUUAGUCUGCGGAUAUCUUAAUCUUGUUUAGUUACUCUGUAACCUUGAACGAAUGGAUGGAAUGAAACUAGAACGCUACCAAGUAAAAUAGUCCGGUUGUUCCGUGCCUGAGCAAUGGCGCUCCCUAUUUUCUAAAAUUGUUUGGAUAAUGUUUUGACUUAUGCUUUGAUCAUAUUUGAUUAGUUUCCUUGUUUAUAAUUGUCAUCAAAAUAAAAAUAAAUAAAUAAGACCUGGAAAUGGCAAAUUAUAAGAGAAAGCGAUCUGCUAAUUGGAUGGCAUCAGAAAAGACGCAGCUGGUAGAUCUAGUUACUGAGCAUUUUCAUGUCAUAGAAAAUAAAAGAACCGACGGGGUUUCAAUGAAGCAAAAACUUGCGGAAUGGACGACAAUAUCCAAUAAAUAUAAUUCGCAGACAACGCUUUCCCACCGUACUGCCGAAAAUUUGAAAUCCCAGUGGGAAAGUUUAAAAAAAGCUACCAAAAAAGAAGCAUCUUUUAAGAGGAUGCAUUUAAUUAAAACCGGUAAGUGUAUGUUACAAAAUUUUUAUGGCAAUUGUAUCUAUAAAUCUACAAAAACUUGUUUUUUCUUAGGUGGUGGACCAUCAAGGCCGAAGAUUGAUGAUCCUCUUCAAGAGAGGAUCCUGGGUCUUAUAACGCCAAGUGCUGUAGGUCUACAUAAUCCGUAUGAUAAAGAUAAUGUAAACGUUACAGAAAAUAUCACGGAAUCAUUUUCAGCAGAGGCACAUAAAAAGGACGAAUUAUUACAUACAAUUCCUGGCCCUGAGGUUCAGACUAAGUCAACACACCACGUUGAUACUAAUGAAACCAUGAAUAAUGUGGAUUGGGGCGAUUACACUCCAAACUGUCUAAAAACGCCUGUUUCAGAACAAUUGAAACCUUCAGGCAAAAAAAGGCCUUAUUCAGGAAAACGACUUGAAUGGAUGUCGAAAAGGCGGCCGCAACUUACGAGAGCCUCUCUUGAAAACUUGCAGGAGUUGAAGGGGAAGGCUAUUAAUGUCCAAAUCGAGCAUGCAGCUAAUGAGAGAGAAGAAGCUAAAAAAUUGUUUGAAAUCCAAAUGGAUAUACAACAAGAAAUUUUAAAACAAGAAAAAAUUAAAACUAGGUUGCUACUUUUAGAGUUGAGACAAAAAAAACGCAAAUAAAUAUUUAUUGCUUA